AUGAUGUAAGAGGGGAAUGAAAGAAAAAUAUCAACAAUCACAAAGAAUGACAAUGUUUUAGAUUUAGUUAAGAUCAAAGUCAGAUUGGAUGAGCAUUUUUACAUAUUCUCUCGUUUCAUGAUAAGCAGAAUGUUAACAUUAUCGAGAAUCAAGAAAUUGGAUGCAAUAUAGAUAGCUAAGGACAUAAAAAAAUAAUUGAUAGAUCGGAAUUCACUUGAGAUCAAUUCAAAUGAAUUAGAGGCUAUUAUAUUUCAGACUAUGAUUAAAUUUGGAUAUUAGAAUAACAUCCAAAAGUAUCAAAUGGUUUCCAACUUCUACCGACACAGAACUCCUAUGAUCAUCAUCAUUUUUGGUGCCCCAAGCAUAGGAAAAUCACUGUUAGCAAAUAACUUAGCUGAAAGACUUAAUAUCUCUAAUGUCUUGCAAACUGACAUUGUGGAAAUGGUUAUGAGAAGUAUUAAUCCAGAAUAGUUCAAUUAUGAUGGAAAUGAGGAUUUCAUUACCAAAUUUAAGAAAAAUUGCAGACUGAUUCGAAGAGGAGUGUCUACAGAUAUUUCCAAAUGUCUAUCUGAAGGCAAAGCAGUCAUCAUCGAAGGAAGUGCAGCAAUGCCAGAAUAUUAUUUAGAAGCUAUUGAUCAAUAAGAUCCUGAAGAUGAUCAACAAUAAUUACAAUUGAUUACAAGUUUCACCUAAAAUGAAAUUAAACUCAAGAAACCUUAAAGAAAGGACUUGUUACUUUUUAACUAAUAGAAAAAAUUGAACACUCAAUUCAAAAUCAUCUUCCCCUAGCCUGAUUAAGAUUUAGAAGAUGAUCAAUAGAUUCAAAAACAUCUGAAGUUAUGCAAAGAUUUGGAUAAAAUUGACCAAUCACAUUCAAUGAUUCUAGGUUUCCUACCUAUAUUAUCUAGAAAUGAUCAUCUAUACAAUAUAGAAAACAAUACGAGUAAAAAGAUACCCAAAGAUUAAAUAGAGGAAAAGCUUAAUCAAUUUUAAUCUAUUCAAAAUGAAUUAUUGCAGCAAAGAAGCAAAUGCAUUCUAUUACCUAUUAAUUUACAUAAUUUAGAAGAAACCUUAGAUACCAUGCACGACAUCAUUUUAUAAAAAAUCUUAGAUCAAUCAAGUUGA